CUCUCCUCCAGUUGACUACAUCGCUCCCUCCCUGUCUCCCUUGCUCAUACACAUGCUCCCCCUGCAGUAAGAUAAGGAAUGAGACACUCGACUCAACACAGGCUGCUGAAGCUGAUUGAAAGGAACCGGUGCUAAGCAGAGUAACGGAUCAGCAUCUUAGCAUCUCACUAGCUUUUUCACCAGUCUUUGUGCUCCGAGAGCGAGAGAGCAGCAAGCCCAGACCUGCUAAAGGUUGUAUUCUCUGCACUGGUCACAUCUGCAUAUUACUACGGCUUCAGAAAAUCCUGAUGCUGGUGUGUGUGAGUGCCCGUGGAAGCAGCUAUGGGAAAGUAUGCCACAGACACCAAUAUUUCCCAGCAUGCUUGGCUCUGCCUGUAGUGGACAGGUGCAGCCAGAAAUGGGCGAGCAGUCUGGAGAUCCUGUUUACCAAGAUGGCUGUUUGGUGUCCGGGUCCUUGGAAGCCUUAAUUGAACGCUUGGUUCCCACAGUGGAUUACUAUCCCGAUAGAACGUACAUCUUCACCUUCCUGCUGAGCUCGCGUGUCUUCAUCCACCCCCAUGAGAUUCUCGCAAAAGUGGGCCAGAUCUGCAUCAAACAGAAACAACAGCUGGAAGCUGGGACGGAAGCUGACAAGGCCAAGCUGAAAUCCUUUGCUGCUAAAAUCAUCCAACUCCUGAGAGAAUGGACAGAGACCUUCCCCUUCGAUUUCCAGGAUGAGAGGGCCAGGAAAGAGCUGAAGGAGAUUGCACAGAGAAUCACGCAGUGUGAUGAGGAGAAUGGUACAAUCAAGAAAAGCAUCAGUCAGAUGAUGCAGAAUGUGCUCCUCGCCCUGUCCACACGGGGGCAGUACCAGGAGAUCCGAGAAAAGAUCCGACAGCCAGUCACUGAUAAGGGGACUAUUCUCAAAGCCAAGGCCCAGUCCGCCCAAAAGGACAUCCUGAGUGUGUGUGGAGAUCCACUCAUCUUAGCCCAGCAGCUUACGACAAUCGAAUUGGAACGGUUAGCAAGCAUUUAUCCCGAGGAUCUCAUGCAGAUUAUAACACACAUGGACUCCUUGGAUAAGGACAACCACAAGUGCCGGAGUGACGUCACCAAGACCUAUAACCUAGAAGCCUACGACAACUGGUUUAACUGCCUCAGCAUGCUGGUAGCGACAGAAAUCUGCAGGGUGGUAAAGAAGAAGCAAAGGACGCGGGUGAUGGAAUUCUUCAUAGAUGUAGCCCGGGAAUGUUUUAACAUUGGCAAUUUCAACUCUACGAUGGCCAUCAUCUCUGGAAUGAACCUCAGUCCUGUUGCACGGCUUAAGAAGACUUGGUCAAAAGUCAAAACAGCCAAGUUUGAUGUGCUAGAGCAUCAUAUGGAUCCAUCCAGCAACUUCUGCAAUUACCGCACAGCACUCCAGGGGGCGACACAAAGGUCUCAGAGUGCGAACAGCAGCAGAGAGAAAAUUGUUAUCCCAGUUUUCAAUCUUUUCAUCAAAGACAUCUUCUUCCUGCACAAAAUCCACUCCAAUCGUUUACCUAAUGGACACAUCAAUUUUAAGAAAUUUAUGGAGAUUUCCAGGCAGAUUCACGAUUUCCUGACUUGGAAGCAGGUGGAAUGUCCAUUUGAAAAAGACAAGAAAAUUCAGACAUACCUUCUCACAUCACCAAUUUAUACAGAAGAAGCUCUCUUUGUGGCUUCGUUUGAAAACGAGGGUCCAGAUAAUCAUAUGGAGAAGGACAGCUGGAAGACUCUCAGGUCCACACUUUUAAACAGAGCCUGAGAAGAUCUACACGAUGUCUGAAGCACACACUCGUUUUUUGUUAUUUUCGUUCUUGUAUUGUGCAGAAUGUUUGAGUCAGAAAGACAGUCCUCGCUGGUUGGGGGGGUCUGCUGAUUUUUGUAUAUAAAAACUUUUACAAGUCUUAAAAAAAAAUACCAGUCUAUAAAUUUAAUUAUAUAAAUAUAUAUAUAUUUCAUGCUGUAAGCACUUAAAAAAGGAGGAAUCUAAAAGGGAUACAUGUUUUCUUAUUUUUGUUUAUUACAAAAGGAACCCUUUGCUGCUGGAAUGGCCAAAAAGUGAAUGUCUUUGUAAAGUACAGAGUAAUAAAUGCACUGUAUGAGCCUUUUUCACAAGAGGGUCCUCCCCCCCCCCCAUAUAUAUUACAAUCACACACAAGGGCAGGGCCCUGGUUUAACAAAUUGAUGGCGGUUUAUAAAUAGAAGGGUUUACAAUGGGUCCAGACAGAUCGAAUAUAUACGUUUGGUCUGCCCAUGCUGCUAUAUUAAGGUAGUAAUAACCCACGCCACACCAUCUACAGCGCCUCACAAACCAUCAAUUACACAUCGAAAAAUGUUAUUUUGCCUUUAUGACUCUCUCCUUUAAUAAUCUGUAAAUUAAUUUGGAAUGACGAGUCAGCGAAAGUCGCAGGAAGACUUGUUACACUGCCUGCUCUUAGAUGCAGUCAAGGUGCCUUUUAUCUGACACUUACACUAAUGGAAAAAAAA